UGAGACGCCGCCCUGGGACAGCACAAAUGUGCCUAGCAGUGGCUGGGUCGACCCGUCCUUUACAAAGUGUAUUCCCUUGCAGUACUCGACCACAUACCCCAGCUUCAGCCCGGGCAUCUGUCCCCACCCCAUGACCAUUGUCGCCUCCGAGUCGAAUAUCUCUGGAGGUCGCACAAUCUGGACAGGACGCUGUUGCCAGAGCGGCUUCACAGUCCCGGAUACCAACCCAGACUUCUUCUGUACCUCGACAGUCACUGCCCCCAUCGCCCUGCUCGUUAUCCCCGACAUCACCACAGCCGACGUCUACACCACGCUUCCCGACGUCAAGUCGAUACAGCAUGACCAGGUCACCGUGCUCUGGGAAGAGCAAGAUCUGAGCCUGCUGCCGCGGCCGGUGGCUGGCUUCUACGCGUCACUGAUGGGGCUGGAUUGGGCGCCAGCGCUCACUGUCGACAUUGCAGCCACCAAUCCUGCGCUGACCAGUACUACUGGUGCUUCUCUGCCUCCUUCGACAGGCCAGAACAUAUCGCCGACGCUGCCCCCGCUGACGACUGACGUCUCAACCUCGAGCACUCCCGUCCAGACCUCCUCAUCCUCCAACACAGUCCCAACUGGGUCGCCUCCCACAAACAACCUGUCGGCCACAACCUUUAGACCUCCGACCCAAAGCUGGUUCCCAGCAUCAAGCAGUAGAUCCACCAAUAAGGAGUUGACAGAGGCGGCUUCCUCCUCCAAGACAAGCUCGACCUUCAGUUCCUUCCAAAGCACAACAUCUGGCUGGCCGCCGUCCACCCUCGUCAACUCGUCGUAUGCUCGACGGCCCAAAUCACAACGGCUACAUGGCCUGUGCCUGGCUUGGAUGACGCUCUUCAUCGCAACCUACAUAAGCUGACGAGGUCAGUUGCUGAGGGUUCCGGUCCAUGUUGUAGAGUUCAUUCUUGAUGAGUCUCGGCACAGAAGCGGAUCAUUGUUACGAGCUGAUGAGGUUCAUGAAGCAUAGCGUUUUUUAGUUGAAUUUAUCAGAGCCCCAUGCUCAUCCACC